AUGACGAACACACAUCUACGGCGAAGGUCGCACAAACGGUCGAAAGAGCUUCCAAAGAGUGAGAACUCGAAUAUUCUAUUAUGGACGAAUCAUUGGACUAACAACUUUUCUAUCUUCGUUGAAAAAAAAGAUUCGAGAUUAGUUAAGCGUCAAUUACCUCGGCCCCUUCCUCCACCAAGACUAUCAGCAGACCCCAAAACAGUCUAUGUCUCGACAAAAUCCCCAUUUGUAUCUACCGUAAAGAGGGUUCGAAAAGCACUUGCAGUUUUCAAAGAUCAAUCAAAGAUCUCGGUAGCAUCUGGUGGACGUCAAAAACGGGCAUUUCAACGACGACAGGGGGAUUCAGGCCAUAAUGAGGCUGGGCCGUCAACAGUGACCGCUAUAAUCGAUGACAAGUCUAAAUAUGUCACGAUCAAGGCUACCGGGAACGCAAUUGAAAAGGCAUUAGGACUUGGGCUUUAUUUCCAGGGCCAGAAGGACACAUCUGUGGAAAUACGAACUGGAACGAUUGAAGCUACAGAUGACGUUAGAGCCGACCAGUCACAUAUGACAUUUGAUGACUUAAUGAAGGCUAAAGAAAAAAUCGAACGGAACGCUCGAGGUCCUGGCAGUCGAGGAGGCGAAGAUGCAAUGGAUGUUGAUGAAAAUCACGACUCUGCCGAGGAAUCCGACGAGUUUGAAGAAAUUGACGACGUAUUCCCGUCAAGGACCAGGAAUAUCAGUGUUAUAGAGGUUAUAGUGAGAAAUAAGGCUCCUACUUGA